GUUCCAGGACAGCCUCCAAAGCCACAGAGAAACCCUAUCUCGAAAACAAACAAACAAACAAAAAACCCAAAACCCUGUACAUCUAAUGACUGAGCAGGCAGCUGGAAGAGCAAUCCAAUUGAGGCCGGUGUGGUUGAGACCUGUGUGAAACCUCUCCCAACACCUGACUUUGUUACCAUUGCCAGUUGUGUUUGUUGUGUAGCACUUGCCAUGUGCCUUUUAUUUUAUAGUGUUUGACUUUUGUGGUGUCCCAUAUGAGUAUACCUUUGUUUAUUGCCUGUUCCUCAAUGUUCACAAAUAAGAUUGAUUGAUUAUCUAUCUAUCAUCUAUCGUCUGUCUGUCUGUCUGUCUGUCUGUCUGUCUGUCUGUCUAUCUGGUGCUUGCUGAAUUCCCAUAGGUAUUUUCACACCAGCCUUUGUGAUUUCUAGCUGAAUUCUCUAGUUCUUAAAUAUAGUGUAUACACUGGAUGGAAAUAAUUUUAGAAAAUGGAUGGUUUUGGUGUUUUCUGAGAAGAGUAUCUAAGAAAAAGGGACAUGACUGUCUUCUAGACAAGACAUUUUACACCACAAUUGCCAUGACUGAGAGAGCAAUGGGAAUGAAUAACCAGUCUAACUUCGGUAGGAUGGCUGCUGUGCAGGCAGCCUGAGCUUGAGUGGUGGGAGUGCGGGGUGUCGGGGGUUUGAGUGUGUACUGCCUGGUCACUGGAAUCUCACAGGAACAAAACACUCAGGGUCAGGGGAGCUGUGCUUCUCAGAGAAGAGCUUCGGAGGUCCCAUGCUUAGAAAACUUGGCUUUCGAUGGGGUCUAGAGGGCCAGUUUGUAGCUGCUGCCUGUGCAAGCAUUUGUUUUCAUCCCCAUGGCUUCCUGAGAGUGAGUCUGCAGACUGGGACCCUAGCCUGGGCUUUGGAAGGGCGCUCUUUCUCUUUCACAUUGCCUUUUUUCCUUGAGGGCAUCAGAAUGCCUGCACCUUCAGUGCACAAAGCAGCCAAGCCAGUCUGACCAGCUCAGGGAAACACCAACCAACAAGGCUGCCAACACCAAUCACAUGGAUUCUAGUUACUAAUUAUCUCCUGGCCUCUGAGGAGAAGAUAGAGUAGCUCACUGAUUGGAUCCUGGAGUUGAAAUGACUCCACAUGCCCUGCACUCCAGCCACAGCAACAGGAAGACUCCGGUGCUCUGGGAGACAUUUUAAGGAGGGCAGAUACAGCCUUAGGCUAGACCACACCUGGCCAAAUUUCAGCCCAACCCAGGCCCAUGGAACAGAGAAGUGAACCCUGUGAUCAUAUUGAACAUGAGUGAAGCCCAUGAGCUUGGGAAGGAAAGAAGAGCCGAGCAGAAAGGGCCUUGGGGCUCCAGCUGGGAGUAUGAAGACUGCAGGAGCCUCCGGAAAAGAAACCUUGCUGAGCCGGGUGGGCUCCAUGCAGAAAAUGACUUGGACUCUGCGUGCCGGGCCAGGCAGAGGAAUCGGCCCUACAGAAAGAGAGAUUGUGGGUACUGGGACUUUGAGCAGAGUGAACAGAACUAUAUGGACUCUGGGGAAACCAAUGGAAGAGGAAAGGAUGGUCUCUUCCCAGAGGGCUACGCUGGUUACAGGAAUGGAGAAGACGUAGACUAUGUACAUCCCAGGCCCGGGAGAGAGGAUCAUUUCCUUCUGGGAAGCCCGCCAGGGAUCCUGGAAGCUGGAGGCUGUGUAGACUGUAGCGAUCUGAUUUAUAAUCAUGAGGACCUGCAAAAAGCCAAACACAGGAAUGGCUACAGGGACGUGGGGGACUUGGAGAGUUUGCAUCAGCCUCACAACUGGUACCUGGGCCUGGGGAAUCUUAAUUAUAGUCUUGAGGAUUGUAAAGAAAUUAGUGUAGAUUAUAAAGACCGCAGCACUUCAAGUCGUGUUCCUGGGUCUUUUACCAACAGUGAGUCUGUGGAACCUCCGGAUUUGAAUGGGAUCAACAAAGGUGAAGAAUCUCUCAGGGACUAUGAAGAAGACAGGAAGGUUUGCCGGAGUAAUAAAAUCUACCCCAAAGCAAAGACAUAUCCCGUGGAUCUAGUUAAUUCUGAUACAGAAAAUAAAAGCUACGAUACUGUCUCUCUCAACUCUCAGUCUCAUGAUUACAGACAAGUCGAUUCUCCACACCGAGGGGAGGACUUGCAGUAUGAUGACAUUGACAGACUGGGAAUGAGGGCACCUGGUGGCAGAGGAGCCAUCUCCGAGGGUUUGCUGCAGCAGCAUCCUGGGGGAGAGCAAGGAGGACAUCGCUUUGGGAUCCCUGGGGACCCUGCAUUAGAAAGCACCUGGCACUUAGGGGAGGUGAGACCCUUAACUGGGUCAGAGACGUGGAGAAGGAAUAGCUGCUUCCGCCGCACGGCUCCCGGCACCCUGAGACGCUCGGAGUUUGUGCAGAGACGGAAGAAACCCCAAGGUAGGAAUCCAGCCAGUCUUCUGGCGGGUUAAACAUACACCUUGAAAAUAGGUGACAUGGAUGGCCAUGUUAUCCCCAGAUGUGCUAUAUUCAGAACCCUGCCCCCUAAGUUCUUACUAAGUGUGUCUGCACAGGACACUUGUUUUGGAGGCAGGAUCUUUGGGGGAGCAAAGUUACUAGUAGUGCCACAAGUGAUGUGCUGUGGCCCUCAAGCAAGCAGCCCUCUCAUGGGAGCCGCCUUUCACUCCUCACCCUGUUGCAAACCUCUUUCCAUCCUUAGGCUUAUGUUUUUGUUCUUGUGGAGACAGCACAACUGCUAUUGUGACAUUCUUCACUCAGUCCCCAAACUUCUCUAGACUUGAGUGGAAAAGAAGAGCUGACUUGCAUUGCAGCCUGUUCUUUUCUUGUCUAACCGGCAUGCAUAAUGAACCCUAGGACUCCUAUGGAAUCCAGAGCUGGUUUCAGUUUGUUGCUGUGCUUUGCACCUGUUAGGUGUAACUCAUUUCAUCCCGAAGCUCCCCUCAGUGAUCUGCAAAGGUGGAACGUCAGGAGUCUGAUCACAGGGACUCUGUCUUGCUUUGUGUGUUCAGUACUUUGAUGGGCUUGUUUCUAGUUUGUGUUCUCGGGCUAAAACCGCCUGUGUUGUUCUGGCCAGUUGUGGGGGAUGGGUGUGCAGGUUGCAGCUAGAGGAUGAAGACUGGAGAGAGUGGAUGGUCUGGAAGACCCCUCACACCCUCCCUCCAGGAGGAAGCUUCCUCACUUGGGGCUUCCACAGAGGCUGCCUGCUCAGGUUUGUACUGGAGCUAUGAAAGACCAAAGAGAUAAACUCCUGUUGCAACCCCGAAAGUGUCAUGUUUUAUCCCAGGAUCCUCCAGCACAGGCUUGAUGUAACAAAAAUUUUCCAAGCCACUGUUUGGACAAAGCUGGCUCCAUGUAUCUGCACUCAGGGAGAUAAAAAGGAGAUCAAACCCAGCUUCGGCGGAGAGGCUGAGGAAUUUAGCAGCUAAUCUUUCUUCUGGUGGAUUCAUUUUUUCUCUGAAAUGAUUGGGAUUAGGUGACAUCUAAAUUCCCUUACAGCUCAGAGAAGUCUGAUUGUGAUCCCUGGUGUGUGUUUGGCUGUGGCUCCUCUCCCCUCCCCCACAUCUCUGCCUGGGUGAACUUUGCUUCCUACUGCAGUUCCUUAUUGUUGGAAGCCUCCUAACUGUCAUCAAGGGUGUGUUGUAAUGUGCCCUGUGAUCUCACUGAAACCAGCUCACUCCGACCUUAUCAUUUGCAUUUUCACAGCUCUUUAUUUGUAUGGGGCCCAUGAGGAUUCCCCUCAGUGCUGUGGGCAUUCGUUCUUAUACUCCUGAUACCCCCCUUGACCAGUCAUAAAAUUCAUCCUCUAAGCUUCCUAUUGCGCUGGUAGCUGUCUUUAAGUACCAGCCAUGAACUUUACUGUAUGUUACCCAGCAACAGCAUGCACUAUGGAAGGAAGCAGGUGUUAGAGUGGGUGUACCUUGGGUUCAAAUCUCAGCUUCAGUAUCUACUGUGUUAUUUUAGGCAAAUUACUUAACCUCUCUGAGCUUUAGAUUCCCUAUUGACUAAGUCAAUAUAUUACCCAUUGGGUUGGCUCAGUGGUUAGGAGCUCUUGCUGCUCUUGUAGAGGACUCAGUUUAGUUCACAUGGUGGCUCACAGCCUUCUAUAAC